AUGUCCCACACACUGGACAGCAACAUUCAGCGUCUGAAACAGCGAUUAGACAGGUUUCUUGUCGGUUUAUCCAGGCGGAAGUAUGGACAAAGGCGUAGCGAGCCCCCGAGCCCAACGGUGUCGCGGGUGCUGCCUGGCCUCCCGCUCGAGCUAUGGACACUCAUUCUGCGCCAUGCCUGCACUUCACUCUCAAUCCCCGAUCCUUUAGACACUUCCCAGCCAAUCUCAUUUCUCACACCCACUCACCUUCAUCGCUCGCACUAUGCGGCCUCGAUGCGGCAGAAGUGUAAUUUCUCCCUCGUAUCCAAGCGAUGGCACUCGUUCACCCAGGAGGUGCUCUACGAGUUUGUUUGGAUAUCAUGCGCAGCGCAAGCCAAGGCACUCGCCCUCACUCUCCUUUCCCAAGCCUGCCAGUACGCGCCACUCAACCCAACCAAGGAGGUGAUGAUUGGUUGCCAAAGCGGUCGCUACAUCCGCCGAUUGCAUAUCGAAACUUCGACCCUCGAACGAUGCGACCCCACCGACCUACGUACGAUUCUCGAUUACUCCCCUCAGCUGUUGAUCUAUUCGGACCAACGAUCUAUCCGCCGCAGCCUCUACGCCUCUACCGCAGAGAAAUACUCCGACCACUAUUCAUCCCCGCAGAAAUUGCUAUCCGCCCUCGCCCACCCAAACAAUAACCUAAGACGGUUGAGUUGGACGAACUACGACGAUGCUUCCUUCCAUCUCCACAUGUCACCCACGCUGCGAAGCACCUCGGCGAACCUCGAGUUUCUUGAGCUUACUUUUGUGUCAGCCAACCCGCCACAUCGCUUCCCUCCUUCCAUCGGUCUUCCUGCACACUUAUCCGGUGAUCUCGACCCUUCCGCGCACGCUCUAGCGUUACCCAACCUUCGUUCCCUCAAAGUAACGCUCGAUAACGAUGCUUUCUCCGUGCUUUCGACGUGGUCCAUGCCAAGACUUGUUAAUUUGUCCGUCGUAAGUGCCGACUUCUCCUACGCCGGAGAAGGGUUCGCGCAAUUCUUCCGAGUCCAUGGUUCCAUUCUAAACCAACUGGAACUUGGUCACUCAAGCUCUUCAAUCGAAGAGCAUUGGCUGACGUCACCAGCCUUCCCUCUUUUACCCAACAACCCCAAUUCCCAGAACCACAACCUCUCAGCAUCCAUUCCCCUUGCGAAGUGGUGUCCAAAUUUGACCCAGUUCGUGUGCUCGGCAGAUGCUGAGUGGAAUUGGCGAACUCCCGACUGGAUAGCGCCACAUAUCUUACUCCCCGCCCAUCCCACACUCGAAUUCAUCGGUAUCCGCGACAUCGAUCUUCGGAUGCUGAGCGAUCUAGAAGUCGUCCCGGAUAGGAUACACCGAGAUCUAACCAAUGAGACGCCAUUCUUCCGACUGAAGGGCCAGAUCGAAACGCUCUUGGGUUUGCCUCAGGGUUUGCCUACAGCUUCGAGCAAGCCAUUCCCGGGACUGAAGUACGUGCGCGAUAUGAGCCUCGGAAGCCAUCUCAUGCGGAUGGGCCGAUCGGACGUUGAAGGUCCUGAGCUUAGGGUGGUCAAGUUCUGGGAGAACAUCCUCGAGAGCUGUAAGGGCCAGGAUGUCUGGCUGGAGGACUGUUACGGCGUGAACGUUACUCGGCGGGAUUUAGGGAAGGUGAAGAUGCACGCACGAGGCCACCCGGUGACGUGCCAUAUUUCUUGA